UACUCAGACUGUACUUAUAUAACAAUACUCAUACUGUACCAAUAACAAUACAAAUAUUGUACGAAUAACAAUACUAAUACUGUACUUAUACUAAUGUACCGCAAACAAUACUUUGACUGUAUUGAAAAUAUUGAAAAAACAGUACUGAAAACGCUGCGCCCAAAAACAAAAACGGUACCGAAAACAAGACUGUACAAUACUUUUUAAUAUUUUAGACGUGGAGGGAAGGGUACUGUCAGCUGAUUAAUUUUGUUACUUAUAUUCUCCGUUAAGGACGCUUUAAAACUGGCCUUUACCCCCCCUAAGUUCUGACUGUUUACCCUGGUUCUGUUUAUUUCCUCGUAUUUUUCAUUACACGGGGCCUCAUAUUUGUAUCUCUGGAUGAGUAAAAAUAAUUGUUAUUUUUCUGUCAUCCCACGGCGAGUUAAUCUGCCUUAUCCGCCCCUACCCAACGUGGCCGAGGCGACUUCACACAGACACAGACCAGACACACACACGCACACACACAUCACCCCCUGCCACCCGUCAACAACGACUCGCAGGCACGCCGGGCUCCUCCGGGUGGAUUCACUCGCCACCAGAUCAUCAACCGCGGUGACCCACAACCCCGUAGCACCCAACCACCACCACUUACCAAUCACCACCACCCAUCAACUACCACCACUCCUAACCACUAGCUACCAACCAACCACCACCACCCAUCAACUACCAUCACCCAUCAACUACCACCCACCAACUACCACACAACUACAAUCCACCACAACCACCCACCAACUACCAACUACCACCCACCACCCACCACCACCACCCACCCACCAACACCAACCACCACCCACCAAGCACCACAACCAACACCCACCACCCACCUACCAAACACCACCACCCACCUACCAAACACCACCACCCACCCAACACCCACCACCACCACCGACCAACCACCCACCAACCACCACCACCCACCAACCACCACCACCCACCAACCACCACCACCCACCAACCACCACCACCACCGACCAACCACCCACCAACCACCACCACCCACCACCCACCACCACCCACCAACCACCACCACCCACCAACCACCACCACCACCAACCACCACCACCCACCAACCACCACCACAACCACCAACCACCACCACCCACCAACCACCACCAAAUGUCUUCUCCUCGCCCGUCCUCGUCUCGCCCCCCACCACCCCGUGGUGGUGGUGGCUCUGGUGGUGGUGUUGGUGGCUCUGGUGGUAGUGGUGGCUCUGGUGGUGGUGGUGGCUCUGGUAGUGGUGGUGGUGGUGGCUCUGGUGGUGGUGGCUCAGGCUCUGGUGGUGGUGGUGGCUCUGGUGGUGGCUGUGGUGGCUCUGGUGGUGUCUGGGAGCUGCGUGUCCGCCUGGCGCUGUGCGCGCUCGGGGUGGCGCUGUCGCUACUCGCGCUCCACGUGGAGGCGGCCAAGGAGCGCGACUCGGCCUACGCGGCGUGGUGCGACUUCAGCGACAGCGUCAGCUGCUCAAAGGUCUUCUCCUCCAGGUGGGGACGUGGAUUCGGUCUUGUGGCUCCGCUGUUCGGACAGAGCAGCCUGCUCAACCAGCCCAACAGUGUCUUCGGGGUCAUCUUCUACUCCCUGCAAGUCCUGCUGGGCAUCUCGCAUCCGAGCCGUGCGGGCAACCUCGUGCUGCUGGGGACCUCGCUGGUGUCGGUGGCCGGAAGCUUUUACCUCGCCUUCAUCCUCUUCGGCGUGCUGCAUGACUUCUGCAUCAUUUGCGUCUCCACGUACGCCAUCAACUUCCUGCUGACGGCCGUCAACGUCGCGCGCAUGCGGAGCGGCUCGUCGCGAAAAGCCGCGCACAAGCGCGACUGAUCGCUCCGCAAAACGAUCCCGCCGUCCAAAAUGAUUCCACGCGGGCCGCCGCACCGUAAACGCAGAGGUCGUCUUGUGAUGUCACCACGUGCGACGGAGAUGGUUUUGCGUCUGCUGGAGGCGGGGGUGUGUUGCACUUGUACCAGCGGCAGUCGUUCUCGACAGCCGCAUGAAAGCAACUGGUGCUUUGGCUCGACCCCCCCCCCCCCGACGUGUUUACCAAGUCGUACCGCGCGUUUGUGUGGCACGAUGUCCAACGUUUCGUUCCACGUGGUUGGGAUCUUCGAGUUGUGGAGCGGAAUGAACGUCGGACGUCACGUCGCAUAACCCGAACACGAAUCGGGGAGAGCUGUGCAGCAACAACCGUGAAAACCUUCGCGAAAUGGAGCGAUGUCAAAUCUGAUAGGAACUACUUGGCAAUUGUUGUGUACGAAUGGCAAAACUGUUAAUUGUUAUUUAAUUGUUGUUGUUGCUAUUACUUUAAGUUUAUAAGAGAAUCGCGGAGGGCGUCAUACUUGACCGUUGAUAAAAAAUGAAGUCGCAGGUAAAAACAUUUUGGCAGUAAUGAGAUGUUGUGGAAGCAAACCGAGAGAUUGCAGGAGCGAUUUUCAGUGAGGUUAAUCCUCUCAUGUUACAUAUCUGCCAAAUUAAUGUUACUAUCUGCACCAUCCAUUCCUGGACCUAUACAGCAAAAAUCAGGUUACUUUGUCUUGAAGAUUUUUUUUUUCCAGAUGUGGGCAUGGUCAGCUCAAGUGUGUGUGCCGUUUUUACACAGGUCAGUCAAAAUAUCUUUGGGAAAUAUUAUUGGUCAUUGGGGUACCAACACGUCACCUUUACAGGACAAUUGUUACAGUCGCAGCCAACAAAAAAACCUGCCCGAGCUGUACGAGAGAUAAAAUGGUGUAUGUGAAAUGACACGAGGGCCAAAAGCAAAGAUGAUGUCAUGAAAAAUGUUUAUUUUGUAGGUUAACAAUGACUAAAUGAACUUCCCAUUUUGUUAUACAAUUGCACAUUCUGUCUCUAAAAUGUGAUUGUUACGUAUCAAGAUGUCAUGAAAAAUGUUUAUUUUGUAGGUUAACAAUGACUAAAUGAACUUCCCAUUUUGUUAUACAAUUGCACAUUCUGUCUCUAAAAUGUGAUUGUUACGUAUCAAGAUUGUUACAAGUUUUUGAACAAACGUCAAAAGCUGUUGAGAAUAAUUCCUAAGAAAUUUUGUCAAUGUUUCAUAAAUAAAAAAAAUACAAUUCUUUAA